AUGGUCUCUCAACGGCUACCCCCGAAAAUUCGCACGCCUGCCUGGUUUCACUGCACCUCGAUCCUCUGUGCCAGAUCAUCAUUUUUCAUUGACUACCAGGAUUUCAAGUUCCUUGGUCAUCAAAUGCUACCCAAGGUUAUAUUAGCCCAUUCUGAUGCCAGGGAGAGUACCAAAAGUGUCAAACGGCCCAUUAUCAUGUUCUGCGGCGGAGUAGACACCAUUGGCUCCCUGCCCUCGUUCUACCUAGGCGGCAUCGCGCUGGUCGACCUGCAGACCAUGCAACCUAUCUGGGAAGUUCCCAUUUCAAUGACGAGUGAGCUGGGGACUCCCGUGACCCAGAAUCCGAUUGACAUCGCCGUUGUGGACGGCAAGCUGCGGAUUUACUGUCUUCCUGACCAGCACAACUCGACUCUUUACGUGUAUGAAGCGGCAUAA